AUGGCGGCAAAUCAAGUGUUCUUCAUCUGCUUUCGAGAGUGCUUGGAGACAACUGUCGUUGUUUCUGUUUUACUAGCUUUCCUGAAGCAGACGCUUGGCGCGGAUGAAGAUCGCGCAACUCACAAGAGAUUGGUGCGCCAGGUGUGGGCGGGCUGUGCAUGUGGCCUGUUCCUCUGUUUAGCCGUCGGCGGUGGCAUGAUCGGUGCUUUCUAUGGCUUGGGCACCGAUACAUUCUCCAGCACGGAGGACAUCUGGGAGGGCGUCCUGGGUAUAAUCGCCUCCCUUAUCAUCACUAUCAUGGGCGCUGCUCUUCUACGUGUUUCGAAGCUUCAAGAAAAGUGGCGCCUCAAGCUAGCCAAAGCUCUUGCGCAUGAGAACAAUCCAACUGAAUCGCGGAAAGGUCGGGUGAAGAGAUGGCUGGAAAAGUACGCCAUGUUCAUUUUGCCUUUCGUGACGGUGCUACGUGAAGGCUUGGAGGCUGUCGUCUAUGUUGGGGGUGUCGGACUUGGUCUCCCUGCUACCUCAUUUCCCUUAGCUGUGGUAUGUGGCCUUGCGGCUGGGAUUUUGGUUGGAUGGCUGAUUUACCGCGGAGGCCGGGAAACAUCUAUGCAAAUAUUCCUUAUCAUCUCUACAUGCUUUUUAUACCUUGUUGCCGGGGGUCUCUUCUCUCGUGGAGUUUGGUACUUCGAGAACAACACUUGGAACAAGGCUAUUGGAGGUGAUGCCUCAGAGACUGGCUCUGGCGCUGGCUCUUACAAUAUUAAGCAAAGUGUAUGGCACGUCAACUGCUGCAACCCAGAGCUAGGGGGCGGAGGGGGCUGGGGCAUCUUUAAUGCCUUGCUCGGAUGGACCAAUUCAGCCACCUACGGAUCUGUGAUCUCAUACAAUCUGUACUGGAUCUGCGUUAUGGUCGGAUACGGAUUGAUGUUUUACCGUGAGCGUCGUGGUGCACUUCCCAUCAUUGACCCUGCGAUGAGCAAGGUUACAGGGUUCAAGACGAGGACCAAGGCAUUUGUUCUACGCAGACCUCUCGAAGAGCCGGUCGUUGCGGAAUCUAGCGGGGCUAUUGAGCAUGUUUUCACAGAAAAGCAGAAAGUCUCUGGUGCUGGUGUCUCUACUGUUGUCAAGUCGACUGAAGCUCAAGUGCAACAGUGA